UACACGGGGAUUCCACUAUUCCGCUUUCUUUUCUUUCUAAGUGAUACCAUUAACUUCAACAUUCUUUGUCAUUCAGAUUCUUCAAAAUUUUCCACUCACUUCCCACCUCUUCAUACACAGCUGUUAACUCGCUGUCCAAACACUUCCCAAACAUUUCGCGGACAGGAUUCUCUGUCUCUUGCUUCUCCUCAACGCUACCUCACGGACCGAGGUUGGAAGAAACUGCUGUUGAUUAUUGAAGCGUGGUGUGUUUAGGAAGAACGAGCGUAUGCCUGGGAACAAGUACCCCGGAAACUCGAACCAAAUACCGGGUCGUGUGGAACGGCUUCUCAGAGAGAGAGAGCUGAGGAAGAGUGGGAGAGUGAUUCAGUUGAAGGAGGUGAAUGAGGUCAAUGGGAGCAGUGGUGAGGCUUUCGAGAAGGAGAAGGCGCGUUUGAGGGAAGAAGUGAGCGACGCGGGUGAUGGUGUUGAAGGGAGUAGGGUGAGGAAGGGGGUGGGGGAAGAGAGGCAUGAAACGAAGCCGUUUAGACAGAGGCUGUUGGUGGUUGCUAAUAGGUUGCCGGUGUCGGCGGUAAGGAAAGGCGAGGACGCGUGGUCGUUGGAGAUAAGUGCCGGGGGUCUCGUCAGCGCGUUGUUAGGUGUGAAGGAGUUUGAGGCAAGGUGGAUAGGUUGGGCUGGAGUGAACGUGCCAGAUGAGAUUGGACAGAAGGCACUUACUAAAGCUUUGGCUGAAAAGAGGUGUAUCCCUGUAUUUCUUGAUGAAGAGAUUGUUCAUCAGUAUUAUAAUGGCUAUUGCAACAAUAUAUUGUGGCCCCUUUUCCACUACCUUGGACUUCCACAAGAAGACCGCCUUGCCACCACGCGCAGUUUUCAGUCUCAGUUUGAGGCAUAUGAGAAAGCAAAUCAGAUGUUUGCUGAUGUUGUAAACAAGCACUAUGAAGAGGGUGAUGUUGUUUGGUGCCAUGAUUACCAUCUUAUGUUCCUUCCAAAAUGCCUAAAGAAACAUAACAAAAAAAUGAAAGUUGGAUGGUUUCUCCACACCCCUUUCCCAUCUUCUGAAAUUCACAGGACACUGCCAUCUCGUUCAGAGCUCCUGCAUUCCGUUCUCGCUGCUGAUUUAGUUGGUUUUCACACCUACGAUUAUGCAAGACAUUUUGUUAGUGCCUGUACUCGCAUCCUUGGACUUGAAGGUACACCUUAUGGGGUUGAGUAUCAAGGGAAGCUAACUCGAGUUGCUGCAUUUCCAAUUGGGAUAGACUCGGAACGAUUUAUACGAGCUCUUGACCUUCCCGCAGUACAAGAUCACAUCAAAGAACUACAAGAAAGAUUUAAAGGCAGAAAGGUAAUGUUAGGUGUUGAUCGCCUUGAUAUGAUUAAAGGAAUCCCGCAGAAAAUUCUAGCAUUUGAAAAAUUUUUGGAAGAAGAUCCUUAUUGGCGUGAUAAAGUUGUUCUACUACAAAUCGCUGUCCCGACAAGAACAGAUGUUCCUGAGUAUCAAAAGCUUACAAGCCAGGUUCAUGAAAUAGUUGGGCGCAUCAAUGGCAGAUUUGGAACGUUGACUACGGUUCCUAUACAUCACUUGGAUCGCUCACUUGAUUUUUAUCAACUAUGUGCUUUGUACGCUGUUACUGAUGUAGCACUAGUCACUUCUUUGAGGGAUGGAAUGAAUCUUGUCAGCUAUGAAUUUGUGGCCUGCCAGGAGAAAAAGAAAGGGGUUCUCAUUCUUAGUGAAUUUGCCGGUGCUGCACAGUCUCUUGGGGCUGGGGCAAUUCUUGUCAACCCGUGGAACAUUACAGAAGUUGCGGCUGCAAUUGCCAGGGCUCUGAAGAUGCCAUCUGCAGAAAGAGAAAAGAGACAUAAGCAUAAUUUUCUUCAUGUAAAAUCCCACACUGCUCAAGAAUGGGCAGGAACCUUCGUAAGUGAACUAAAUGACACUGUUAUUGAGGCACAACUAAGGACAAGACAAGUUCCACCUCAACUUCCAACCAAGACUGCAAUUGAAAGUUAUCAGCAAUCAACUAAUCGAUUGCUCAUCUUGGGAUUCAGUGGAACUUUAACUGAACCAGUCGAAAAAACAGGUGAUCAGAUUAAGGAAAUGGAACUUAAGGUGCAUCCAAAACUGAGACAACCCUUGACAGCACUAUGCAGUGAUCCAAAUACCACAGUUGUUGUGCUCAGUGGAAGUGGUAGACAAGUCCUGGAUGAUAACUUCAAAGAAUAUGACAUGUGGUUGGCGGCUGAGAAUGGAAUGUUUUUACAUCCUUCAAAGGGUGAGUGGAUGACGACAAUGCCAGAGCAUCUGAAUAUGGAAUGGCUUGAUAGUGUGAAGCAUGUUUUUGAGUACUUCACAGAAAGAACACCUCGGUCACAUUUUGAUUUUGAAGAAAGAGAAACUUCACUUGUAUGGAAUUACAAAUAUGCAGAUGUUGAGUUUGGAAAGCUUCAAGCAAGGGACAUGCUGCAGCAUCUCUGGACAGGUCCAAUUUCUAAUGCAUCAGUUGAAGUUGUUCAAGGGAGUCGAUCUGUUGAGGUGCGAGCUGUUGGUGUUACGAAGGGAGCAGCCAUUGACCGCAUCUUGGGUGAGAUAGUGCACAGUAAAUCAAUGACAUCACCAAUUGAUUAUGUUCUUUGCAUAGGACAUUUUCUGGGGAAGGACGAAGAUAUUUAUUCAUUUUUUGAGCCAGAUCUUCCUUCUAUUGGUGUGGGUCUUCCACGAAGCAAGGUAACAUCAGAUGGAGCUAAGUUUCCUGUUGAGAGGAAACCAUGUUUAAAGGAACCACCAACUAAGAGCGGACCAAAGUCAUCUCAAAAUAAGGCAACACGAGCAGUGUCAAAUUCUGAGAAGAAAUCAAACAAUCAUAUCUCCAUUACACCACGAAGGGCAGCACCUGAAAAGGUUUCAUGGAACGUCCUCGACCUUAAGAAAGAGAAUUACUUCUCUUGUGCCAUUGGACGAACUCGAACAAAUGCUCGGUAUACGCUUGAUUCAUCCGAUGAUGUUGUUUCAUUUCUGAAGGAACUAGCUAAUGCUUCUGUCCGAACGUAGAAGUGAGUCAAAAUACUGCACCUUGGCACAGGGAGAAAGGAUUCAGCAGAGUCCAAUUCAGUGCGAUCACUCUUCCACGCAUUCACACAUUCAGUAUAUUUAUAACUGUUGCGUGAAAAUCAGAAUGUUUAUCUCAUACGUGUUUUACAUCAGUCUGCUUAUAAAAUAUGAGUCAUCAGAACUUCAUCCCACA